GCCAUAUUAACACUCUGUCCAUCUCGUUUGUCAUAUUUAAAGAAUAGAUGAUGACAUGAGACUUGAUAGAUAAGUUUAUCGAGCUUACCUCAAUGGAAAAAUCAGUGACAACAGCGCAGCCCGGUCCGGGUCCCCCGUGCUUAGCAGCUGUGUACGCAUGCCCGGCACGUGUGGAGCUUGCAGUAUCGACACUCGAAAAUCCACCAGUGCGGACCCGAAUGACACAUAUGGCAGGUCCAUUGGAUGAGAGUGCUGUCCGACUUCAGCAUCUUGAAAGAGUGUGCGCAGUUGUUUCCCACUGCCAUGUUUGCGAGAUAUGGUCAAGGAUGUGUGCCUUAGCUGAAUUUCCGAAUGCCGGGGUAAUAUGACGGGUCAGCCAUACGAUUCAGUUUUCAUACGGUCUACAAGUGCGGUAUUAGUGUUGUGGAACACUUACAGAGAGAUGAGCAAGGAAGUGGUGUGGAC